AAAAUUCCACGUCAUCAACUGGGCUAAUAUUUGCUGAGAGUCAAGCUUCAGCAUCCCAUCAAACUUGGAUUAAUAUGACGCUGGGUGACCCUUGCUCCGUCGAGCAACCCCCACCUCCACCCAUCGAUUUCUCACGGAGCCUAAUUGCUCCGACCGCUAUCAAACAAGAAUCUCACCUAAUUCCCUCAACGCCAGGCACCCCAACAGCUUUCCAACCCCCACAGCAUGCGAACACACCAAUCCCUGGUAUUCAGCCGAAUUUGUUCAAUCCGGCAAUAAUGGCGGCUCAACUAAACGUAUUCAGCAACCCACAGUUGAUGGCAAUGAUGCAGGCUACCAGAAACCCAUUGUUAGGACACCCGUCAGUUGUCGGUCCACCAAUGAUGCCAAAUAUCAUUCAACAGCUAAAUGCCCUUCGAAAUGUUCAGCUAUCGAAUGCAAACACAAUGGCCAAUCUGCAAAACAUGUCAUCAAGCCCCAAACAUACAAACGGAUCGUCGGAACGGAGUGAAAACUGCGGCGAGCUGUGUGUAGUCUGCGGGGACAAGGCGUCCGGGAGGCAUUAUGGAGCUGUUUCGUGUGAAGGGUGCAAAGGAUUUUUUAAGCGGUCUAUCAGAAAAAGGAUUGGCUAUGUUUGUCGGAGUCAAAAGGACUGCCCCGUCACCAAAUUCCACCGUAAUCGGUGCCAAUAUUGCCGUCUGAGGAAGUGCCUGUCAAUGGGGAUGAGAAGUGAAUCAGUACAAGCAGAACGUCGUCCCGUAAACAACAGCUCCAUGCUCUGCAACAACGACAAUAACCAACAGAACACCACCCCAGAGCACCUCUCCCCGAACCUCCUGCUCUCGCUAGUCAAGUUGGAGCAUGAAACAAAACUCGGCGGCCUGGAGGCCCUAAUCAAGCCCGGAAGCCCAGUUAUGCUCCAAAAUACUCAAGAUUACAUGGAUGUAAAACGGGAAUCAAUUGGAGAAGACGAGAUGACUGUGAUAGGCCUGGUACCUCCGUCGGCUUCACCUACCUCUUCGGGAGUUGGCAGCUCAUCUUCAAUUUCUGAUGAUUCUGGACCAAUUUACACGUCUGAAAGAGCAAGAUUUGAGAUAUCUGUACCUUUAAAUACUCAGAACCCCAGAAAUCACCAAUAUAUAUCGGAAAUUACAACGCGACUGCUCUUUUUGACUGUGCAUUUUGUUAAGGACUCCAGGGUCUCGUUACGAACCUCAACAAUGGAAGGACUAUUAAAAUCGAAAUGGUGUGACCUGUACAUCCUAGCCUUAAUGCAGACGGCCGAUAAAAUAAAACUCGGCCAGCUCCUGGACAAUUUAACGAAUCAAAUGGCAAUGGGCAUGGAGUGCGGCCAAUACUCGGCGGAAAAAUUCGAAAAAAUUAGCGAACAGAUGCAGAGGCUGUUGCAAUUGUCACAGUUGUUCGCCUCGCGAGAGCUCACCGCCGUGGAGUAUGCCUAUCUUAAAAUGAUCUCAUUUACCGCACAAGAUCUCCCGAGCUCAAUGGCUUCCCCCGAGACGCGUAGCGUGAAUCAAAUGGCGUCACAGGAGCUGUUCGAGUACGUUUCCUCAUCGAAAAGCACACAAAAUCAUAUGUCAAAUGAGCACAUAAAUGUGGACGACUCGACGUCAGAGGACAAUGACACGCACGUGACGUCACAGCAAUCAAGUGUGAAUAUUGCUGCUGAAAGAUUUUCACGGAUCCUGCAGCUUCUCCCCUGUCUCCGCUGGUUCGAUCCUGCAACAAUUGUGGAAAUAUUCUUUUCGGGCCUAAUUGGCCCAAUGUCUAUUGAAACCAUCAUCCCAUUUGUCCUGCAAAUGAAUUUGAUGAGCUUUUUCGACCAAAAAAUGGAGCUCGGCAGCGGCGGAGCAUCGGAUACUCUCUCAACAUCUUCGCUGAGCGAGAUGAUGAAUAAUCAGUGAUCUUUUUUUUCAACUUUCAGUAUUAUUGUGUAGUAUUUUUUUUACUAUUAUUGAGUUUUUGAAAAAAAAUUUCGAAAAAAAAAAUUUUUUUUUCGAAUUUUUUUUUCCAAAAAUUAUUUUCCCACCCAAUCUUCCACAUUUUCCCCG